UGUAUAAAUACGGAUUUGAAAUGUGCUACUCUGAAGCAAUCGGGAUGUUUCCAUUUGUCUUGUAAAGAUCAUUUUGUUCUUGUUUGUUUCUUUUUGCUGUUUUCUAAACGGUGUUGUGUUUCAUCAACUGACAGUAUAGCCUUCGUUCUGCGAUAGGUGCGUGUGAUAGAGUUGUCCCUGCUCCAUAGAUUCUUGAGGAGCAGGAGAGUUGGUCGCUUUAUCAAAUUCACGGCUGCGGUAGCAUAUUUUUGCCCUUCUUUUGCCUGAAUCUGACUGUAGCUAAGAGUGACUAAAGACUAUCGCACAUCGCAGAACCAUGCCAGUUUUCUCUAACUGCGCUGUGGUCUUAGAACUGAAGGAUUUGCCUUUCAAGGAGAAGAAGAAAGUUCGUUUGGCCAUUACAGACAACGGAGGCACUCUCUCCUAUGUGGUCAACAAACAGUGUAGCUUCAUAGUGGUGAGCAGCCUGGGAUGUCUGAGCAACAACCGGCAGCACAGCGCCUGGAAGCACCAGGUGCCGGUGGUGGGGCUGGAGUACGUGCAGGCCUGCCUGGAGCAGAAGGCCCUCCUGCCGGCCCUAGAGCACGUCCUGGUCCCUGUGACCCCCACUCCCCACCCAGCACCCACCAUUCAACCAGUGAGACUGCUGAUUAUUGAGGAGAAGUCCAAAAAUCAAGAUUCACCCCAGACAAAGAUAGCGAAAAAUCAGGUCAAAAAUGACUCCAGCUAUGUUAACGACCAUCGGAUCUUCUCUGAGCAUGACAGAGACCUUCCCUCGUACCCCUCUCACUUCCAGGUGGCCAAGUACUCCAUUCACAGCACUGCUGCUGGGGGCGGUUGGUGUGUACUGGAGCUGCAGAGUGCCACAGGGGAGAAGGAUCCUGUGUUCUGGAUUGUGCGCUACAUGAAACAGGGGGCGCUGGAGCGAGACCAGCUGGUGUUGUGCAGCUGCUCUGAGGAUGCUCUGGAGGUGUAUGAGCAGCUGCAGGACAGACUCAGAGCUGACGACUUCCAGCUGCAGAGACGCCUGCCUCCACAGCAUGAGGACAUGGGCUCUCCCAGCCUGAAGCAGCUGCUGCUGGAGGAGGAGCUGAACUGCAGCACACUGUCACAGGAAGUGGGCGUGUUUGUGGAGCUGGUGUGGGCUGAAGCGAUGGGGAGUCUGACCAAAGUCCUCAAAGUGCCGGCCCUCAGCAUCAGCCCCAAUGAUGUGAGCCGUGCGGAGGGUUUGCUGCUGCAGGUGCGGAGGUUAGAGGAUGCGGCUGAGAGGAAGGUCCUGCUGGAGGAGAUCCGCUCUGUGCUGCCCCACACACUGCCUGAUACCCUCCCUACUGCCAAACUCACCUCUCAGGCACUGGACCUGUGUCAGGUGCUGAGGGACACGCUGGCUGUGAAUGAGGUGGUGAUGAGGAGCUCCAGUCCCUCCAGUCUGGGGAAGUACAGAGCCCUGGGCUGCAGCAUCGAGAGCCUCCCCCCCCAGAGCCCCCACUACCAGACCGCCACUCAACUGCUGCAGCACAUCGAUAAGCUGGGGGAGAUUAAGAUUCACCAUGUGUUCCAUGUGCGGCGUGGGGCGGAGCUUCAGAUGUUCAGGGAGGAGCUUGGGAACAUUAAGCCCCUCCUCCACUCCACCAGUCCUGCCAGCUUUGUUGGAAUCCUCUCUCGGGGUCUUUUGCUGCCCCGGGUUGGAGUGGAGCAUCACGGAGUCCAGCGCACAGAUGUGGGGCACCUGGGAGGAGGCAUCUACUUCAGCGACUCCUUCAGCACCAGUGUGAAGUACUCCAGUCCCGGUGUGACGGACGGCUCACGCCUGCUGCUGGUGUGUGAGGUGGCGCUGGGGUACUGUAGAGAGUUCCGGAAGAAGGACACCACCCUCACCAGCGCCCCUGAGGGCUACGACAGCGUCCACGGGGUCAGCAGCACCCCCAGACAACACUCAGAGUUCGAGGACGAUGAGUAUGUGGUGUUCAGUCCUGACCAGGUCAGGCUGAAGUACGUGGUCCAGUACACGCUGCCAGACGACCAGCUUAAGGACUUCCAGCCGUCUGUUGACACGUCGAUGGAAAACAUCCCUCCAGCAGCAACCUCUGACACAUUGGCCAGUGAGGAUGAUGGGGGGUUUGAGGACAUUAAGAACCCUCUAGACAGCGUGACUGCUGGUCUCCUGGACAGCGCGGGACAGACGCUCCCCCUGCAGGCCGUCCAUGUGAAGUGCAAGCUGGUGGACCUGCUGUCUCAGGUCAUCAUCUUCCAGACGUACUCCAACCCGAACCCGGCUCCCAUCGAGGCCAAGUAUGUUUUCCCCCUGGAGGAGUCUGCUGCUGUGUGUGGUUUUGAGGCCUUCAUCAAUGGGAAGCACGUGAUUGGACGGGUGAAGGAGAAGGAGCAGGCCCAUAAGGAGUACAAGCAGGCCAUAGCGAAGGGCCACGGGGCUUACCUCAUGGACCAGGAGGCUCCUGAUGUGUUCACCAUCAGUGUGGGGAAUCUUCCUCCUGGUGCCACCGUUCUCAUCAAGGUCACCUUCAUCUCUGAGCUGCUGGUGAAGGACGAUUCCAUCUUCUUCCAGUUGCCCGGCAGUGUGGCGCCAUGGCAACAGAGUGCUGCACUCAAUGAGAAGACACAGGGUACUGUGGAGAAGGUGUGUGUGAGUGAACUCAAGGGGGACUUCUCCCUCAGUCUGUCCAUUGAGAUGCCUUAUGAGAUCACCAGUCUGCGCUGUAAUACACACCGUAUUCAGACCAAGAGGACGGACUGUAAGGCGGUGGUUUGUACGUUGCCUGGGGAGACGCUGGGUUCUGACGGGUUCGAACUCUACAUCACUCUGUCUGAGAUGCACAUGCCCCGCAUGUGGGUGGAGAACCACCCUGACAAGGACAGCCAGGCCUGUAUGCUGGUGUUCUACCCCGACUUCGGGGCCCUCCGUGGGGCCGAAGAGGAGCUCAGCCCUGGUCCUGCUGGUCCUGCUGGUCCUGGUGGGGGUGGGGUGCAGGAGGUGCUGCUCCUGCUGGACUCCUCUGAGUCCAUGCGGGGGGAGACCCUGCUGAACGCACGGCACAUCGCCCUGCACCUGCUCAGCAAACUGGACAAGAAACUCAAGAUCAACAUUGUGCUGUUUGGGACAGAUCAUAAGGAUGCCUUCACGUUCUCCAAAGUUCUAGGGGAUGCAUAUGAACCAGCUAAGGACUUCAUCAAGACCUCCCCACCAGUGGGGGGCAGCACUGAGCUGUGGCGGCCCCUGCGCAGCCUGAGUCUGCUGCCUCCAUCCCGGGGCAGCAGGAGCCUGGUGCUGCUAUCUGAUGGUCACGUGCAAAACCCCACUCUCACCCUGCAGCUGGUCCGCAGCAACGCUGCACAUACGCGCCUCUUCACCUGUGGCCUCAGUAAGACGGCCAACAGACACAUGCUUCGAGCUCUUGCCCAGGCAGGGGGUGGAGCCUAUGAGUUCUUUGACACAAAGACCCGUCACACGUGGUCAGAGAAGGUGGCGUCGCAGGUGAGGCGCUUGGUGUCUCCAGGCUGCAACUCGGUGGCCGUGAAGUGGCAGCUGUUCAACCCAACAGCGCCCCCUCCUGUUCAGGCCCCUGCACAGGUCCACGCCCUCUUCAGCAACUGCCACACCUUGGUCUAUGGCUUCGUACCCCACUGCACACAGGCCACUCUCUAUGGGGACCUGUGUGGGCAGGAGAUUAAGACCAUGGUGUCCACCACAGAACUGCAGAAGACUAAGGGCACGUUUCUUCACAAGCUCACAGCGCGAGCAGUCAUUAGAGAUUAUGAGGAUGGUGUUCUUCACAUGGAUGAAGCUGAACAUGAGGGGAAGAAAGCGCAGAUGAAGUCCUUCAUCGUGGAGCUCAGCAAAGAGUUCUCCGUCCUCUCCCAGUUCACCAGCUUUGUGGCCAUCGAGGAGAGGGAUGCACAGAAGCCGGAGGAGGGCUUCACAGACAUCCCCAAGCUGAUUGCAGAGGAGGAGGUGGACCUGCUGCCCUACAUGGGCUGGGAAGAUGAAGAGGAGGCACUAAAUGAGGAAGAGGAUGAGGAAGAGUCUGAUGAUGAUUACGUUUCUUGUGUCGAGCUUGCGAGCAUGGAUGUAUCUAUGGGUGCGCAGACGCUUGAUCUUAUGGAGUUCGAGACACUUGAUCUUGAUUUGAUGGAUGAAGCAGAGAGUUGCCCCCGCCCUCGUCUUCCUGUCUUACUUGGUCUCACGCCUUUAAGAGCUGGAACCACACCCUCCGCUCGUGCCCCUUCCCCUAUCAUACCCUAUCUUAAAACUAAAUUUAUCUGUGUCUGUCCCAGCCCUGCCCUUGGGCUUCCUCUAACCUUUGACCCUGCGGUUGGGUCUUCUCCAACCUUUGUUCCUACCGUUGGGUCUUCUCCACCCUCUGUCCCUGCCCGUGGGUCUUCUUCUCCCAUCCAUAAAGUAAAAAAGAAAAUGAAAGCGUUUGGAGACUGUGUCACACAGGGCGACAUUGCACAGGCCCCAGUCUCCCCUGUCAAAACAAGAGCCAGUGCGUAUUCCUCCGGUUAUAUUCCUACCAAACUCAUCGCUGUGUCAGCUCCAGACCGCUCCCCUGCUCCCUGUCCUCCUCUCCUUCCUUCUGUUGUCCACGGCGCUGCUCAGUCUGCCCCACCUGUCUCUGCAGAACGUGCUAGUGUUAUUGCCCAUGUCUCUACCGGUCUUGACACUCCCAUUGGCUUCGCUCCUGUCGAUGAGGCUCAAGCUUUCAUGACCCUAGGAGCUCCUGCCCCUAGGCCUUCUCCUGCCCCAGCCCCAGCCCCAGCCCCCGACUCUCCUUCCCCUCAGACUCGUGCUACUGAACUCUUGUCAGUUUUAGACGGCCCCACUGCUCCUGACUAUGCGCCUUCUGGCCACACUAUGAGCCGAGCCCCCGUCUAUCCCCCUGUCUAUUCCGCUGCACGGAGCCCAUUUUGUGCUGGUCCUAAAUACAGGCCUUCUCCUGGCGGCGCUGCUUCCCCCAGUUAUUCCCCCACUGCUUCUGCCUAUUAUAGCCGUCGUCUUGGCUUUGCCGAUAGCGCUUCUUUCCACGGUUAUUCCCCAACUCCUCCUUCCUUUAUCCCUCCCGGCUCUCCUUCCCUCGCUUAUUCCCCCACUGCUCCUUCCUUCAUCCCUCCCGGCUCUCCUUCCCUCGCUUAUUCCCCCACUGCUCCUUCCUAUAGCCCUUCUUCUGCCUAUAGCUCUAUAGAUUCCCCCUCUUAUUCCCCCACUGCUCCUUCCUAUAGCCCUUCUUCUGCCUAUAGCUCUAUAGCUUCCCCCUCUUAUUCCCCCACUGCUCCUUCCUAUAGCCCUUCUUCUGCCUAUAGCUCUAUAGCUUCCCCCUCUUAUUCCCCCACUGCUCCUUCCUAUAGCCCUUCUUCUGCCUAUAGCUCUAUAGCUUCCCCCUCUUAUUCCCCCACUGCUCCUUCCUAUAGCCCUUCUUCUGCCUAUAGCUCUAUAGCUUCCCCCUCUUAUUCCCCCACUGCUCCCUGUCCUUCGCUCAUUCCUCCUGCUGUCUUUGAGGGUGGUCGCCUUGCUCGACCUAUCAGUAAAGACUUCUCUAUGGCUCAGGGACUCAGUGGUCCACCCCCAGGCUUGACUUCCCUCCCUGUACUCUGUGCCACUGUUUCUACCGCCGUCUCUGAAGAACGGCAGACACACAGAACAGAGUCUGAGAGUGCCAGAGAGAAGCUCCGAGAAAUGCUGAGUCAGAGGCUAGAAGGUGCUGCUAGGGAAUCCGAGGUUCAAGCUCAUCACUUACAACACGUGGUUAGGCGGGGGCGCCCUGCCAGUGUGCCAUUACAACUUGGCGCCUCCCUUAGCCUUGGCCCACAGCGUAUUGAUACAUCACAGCCCCGUGAAAUUGCCAGAAACAUUGCUGUCUCCUCACAUACGAAUAUGACAAAUGCUCCACCUCAGCAUAUGCAUAGUGCUGCUCUGUCGCGGAUGUGCUCUGCCGGUAUGUCAUCACAACUCUUGGAAAAGUCAGAGGCUAAAAUGAUAAAAGGUGCUGCUCUGUCCGAGACCGAAGUUCAAUGUCAACGCCGUGAAAUUGACAUUGACAUUGACAUUGGUCCACUUCAGCAAAUGCAGUGCUCUGAUAGUGCUGCGCUGGAGAGCCCCCUCAGAGGAACCACAGAUCAGAUCAGAGAAACGAUACUCCGCAGACGUACGAAAGGGAGAAAGGUUGAGCCCAGGAUGGGGAUGCCAAAUAGAUCACGUUCACAUAUAGAGUUCUUCAAACCCAGUGCAUCAUGGGAACAGCUGGCAUGUCUUCAGAACCCGGAGGGAUACUGGGAAUGCACUGCUGACAUGGGAUUGCUCCUGGGUGUGGACCUGAACUUCUUUGCUAAUGUUUUCCUGAAAGAAAAGGGCAUCUCAUCUUUGGGCCCCAAGGCCCAGGCUGCCAUCCUGAGGCUGGUGUCCACCCUGCUGGUCCUGCAGCUGGUGCGCGUCAGGAAGCUGGUCCAGGGAGAGGAGCUGGAGUCUCUGUUCCGCCUCAGAGACCCUCCUGAAGACGAAGACAGCUCUUCCGAGUGGGAGGCCCUGAAGCGCGCGGUGGACUGGGUGUGCUGGGCAGACAGGCAGUACCCGUGCGUGUGCAGCCGGCUGGAGUUCGGCCGCGACUGGGAGUCGUCCACUCGACAGCUGCUGGGAUUCGACCGCCCACACCCCCUCUCCCCCCUCAACCCUCUGCUGGAAAGGAGCAGAGCCAUACUGGCCUGUUAGAAACACACACACACACACACACUGCACACUUUUGGGCCAAGUAUUUACUUAUGAAAAUAAUUAGGCUAUUAGAGCCAUAUUGACACAAAAAGUAAUUUGCAGCAGAAAGCACCAUUUUAAGGGCACAAAGUUCUACAGUGAAAUUGUAAUUCCUUCUCAUCCUCUGGAAUUUCGUUCUCUGUCAGGGCCCUCACUUUCUUCACAUGCUCCUUCUCCAGCCUCCACUGAGUCCUCUGGCUCUCCCUCUUCCUGCUCCACAACUCUCUGAAUAGUACCUUGAUUAGCUUCUCCCACUGCUGUUUUACCCUGUCCUCGUUUCAUGCUCAUCCAGUUUCGCAGUGAAAUACAGCGUUUGUCGUCUUUUAUCAGGGAUUUUCUAAAUCCUGGAACUACUUUUUCAGAUACCUCACAACCGUAUAAUAACUGUAUUUGAAUCUGAAGAUUACACACUCCAGACCACUAGAUGUCGACAAUGUUCCUUUACUUUGGGCAUAUAAGGCCCUGUUUCCGUUUCCGGUGGCGGAGUAAUGUCAACGAGCAAUUAGUCUUCCUACAGAGACCAAUGGGAUUUACAAAAUGAAUUUGAAUUUGAAUUUCGCUGCGAAACUUGCUAUAGAAGAUCGUUGAAGACCAGUUACCACUCGGUGAGUUGCACAUUUUUUUAAAACAAACGUUUAGGGGUGUUUAAGAACAGAAUCGUCCUGGCCCAUAGCGAGCAAUGCUGAAGCCAUACAGAGAACAUUGUAAAGCAGCCAAAUUACAGCAACAGGACCAAUCUUGGAGAUUUCGGUGUCAACCACUCAUUUGCAUCCUAGGCAAUACAGAAAACGGGCUUCAAGUGUAAAAUACCGAACUAUGCCUUUAAUCUAUGCACAUAUCUAUUUUAAAAAAAAUGAUAAUAAUAACACUUGCGGUCAUUUUUUAAUGGUUUUAAGGUCAAAAGGGUAUUGUCAAAGUGGUACCGUAAUUUCCCGACUAUUAGCCGCGGCUUAUACAUUGAUUUAGCAAAAUGUCUUCAACUAUGAGGUUAAUACAGGGGGACAGUUAAUAUGGUAUUAAAAUAUGCUUUUGUUUCUUUUAACUUGCAUAAAAUACUGUCCUGCGGCUUAUACACAAUGCGGCUUAUAUGCAGGAAAUUACUGUAUUGUAAGUCACUUUGGAUGAAAGCAUGUGCUAUAGGUAACUGUAACCAUGUUUGUCUACAGACAAUUAUCCAUACAAAGUAAAGAUUGUCUACAUUGUUUCAAGUAUUUCUACAAGCAAAUAUACCUCUGUCUGAAUAAAAGCAUAAUAACGGUA